AUGGUCUCGCAACCCGACUACAACCAUUCCUCCCUCGCCCUCCGCGGCCCCGCGUCUGUCGUCUCCGCCCGCUCCUCGUCCCGCCAGCAUGUCUCGUCGCGCAGCAAGCGGUACAACCGCUCGCACGCCGGCGGCACCUCCUACAUCGCCCAGAACGAGUUCCCCGUCUUCAGCCACUCGGGCGACGUCGAGAUCCUCAUCAGCGCCGGCGGCAAGGAGAACCGGUACCUUCUGCACAGGCACACCCUGACGAGGUGCUCAGGGUUUUUCGAGGCGAGCAUGAGCCAGGAGUGGUCCAAGGCGAGCGUGCUGCCGCCGCUACCGGAACUGCAGUCGAGGGAGCUCGCGAGGAUAGGCGAAGAGAACGGAAGCAGCAUCAGUAAUGGCGGGGCCGAGGUCGCGCGGCCGGGCAUGACGUCGCCUACGCUCAGGAGACGGUGGCGGUACGAAUUGGACCCUGGGACGGGCGGCGACGAUAUACCGAUGCUGGUGCAGAAGGAGGCCAACAGCAGCAGUGGGGGCAGCAGCGGCGCACCAGCGAAUCCGAAUUCCAUCUUCGGCGGCGGCAGCGCAACGGCGAAUACCCCGGUUUCACGUACCAGCAAGGGAGGAGGCCAUUCGCACACGCACUCAACAAGCUCCUUCUUCCGAUCCGUAGCGAAUCUCUCGCUCGCGCCGACGUCCAGAGCAGCGGCUGCGGCGGACCUGGACAGCCAGCCGCUUUCACAGGCCGACGCCGACCUGCUGCGCGACUACGACAACCUCUUCCGCAUAUUUUACAACUACCCGCCCGUACUGGACGGGAUCAGCAUCGCGGACGCGUACGUGCAGUGCAAAUCACUACUAACACUGGCGGACCAGUACGACGCGCUGGCAGUCGCGGGUCCGCGCGUCGACCACCACCUGCUGCAGUUUCAGAGCCGUCUUUGGAAGCAGAUCGCCAAAUACCCGAUAUCCUACCUACGACUGGGUUAUCUCAGCCGCAGCAAGGUCAUAUUCCAGGAAGCGCUGAUCCACGUCGUGGGCCAGUGGCCUGCUGGGGAGCGUAGCAUUCGCCACUCAUUCCCUGAGAUCGUGCUCGACAUCAUCGAGGACAAGGUUGACGAGCUCGAGGAGACGGUCAGUCGGAUUGAGGGCCGGCUUUUCAGGUUGAGCCUGACCAACUCGCGCGGCGAGCGUGUGACGCCCCAGUCGUCGUACCUAGACUGGCUCGCCGUGUCCCUCUUCCGGCAGUGGCUGGCUGACAACACGGCGCCGGCGCCGCAGCCCCCUCCUCCGCCACCACCCACAUCCUCGUCCCGGCAUCACCACCACCAUUCCUCACGCGACCAUUCCUCCUGCUCUGCCGGCGGCUCAAAUUCCAAUUCAAACACGGCUGCAGCAGUAAUACCGCCGCCCACGCUCGCCAACGUGGGUCGCACGUACCGCACACUCGGCGGCGUCUCGGGGUACCUCGGCCACGACGAAUGCAAGCGCUUCCUCAAGCUGACGCCCGACCUGUACUCGCGCGACAACCUGCGCCGAUUCGAGAAACGGAUCGAAGAGCUCAAGGGUGCUGCGCGGGACGUUGUACGGCCGCUGAUGGGGAGCGGAUUGGAACUCGAGCUGGAGAGGGGGUCGGUUGGGGUUGGGGCUGGUGGUGCUGGGAGCAAUGAGGGUGUUGGAGGCGGGAAUGCGGGCAGUGUGGUGGUGGGUGGCAUGAUGAGUUAUUUGACUUGCGUUCGGGUAUUGGAGCGGGAUUUACCGUGGGAGGUUGAGGGUUGA